UGUGAUCUGAAACGUCGCUCCGCGUCUUCGCGCACACACAAAUCAGGGGCAGCAGCGUCUCUGAGCUGUGUUCAUCUAAAGGAAACGCGUUCAAAUACGAGGCUUUUAGUGGUUACUUAGAAUAACAAUGGCGGCUACAUCGCUGGAAGCAGUCAAACGGAAAAUAAAACUGUUGCAAGAUCAAGCGGACGGCGCUGAAGAGAGAGCGGAGAAACUGCAGAGGGAAUUGGCGCUGGAGAGGAAAGCCAGAGAAGCAGCUGAGGGUGAUGUAGCUUCCCUGAACAGACGUAUCCAGCUGGUUGAGGAGGAGUUGGAUCGCGCACAGGAGCGUUUGGCUACUGCCCUGCAGAAGCUGGAGGAGGCCGAGAAGGCUGCCGAUGAGAGCGAGAGAGGCAUGAAGGUCAUUGAGAACAGAGCUCUGAAGGAUGAGGAGAAGAUGGAGAUCCAGGAGAUCCAGCUCAAGGAGGCCAAACACAUUGCUGAGGAGGCCGACCGCAAAUAUGAGGAGGUGGCCCGUAAGCUGGUGAUCGUUGAGGCUGAGCUGGAGCGCACAGAGGAGCGCGCUGAGCUGAAUGAGGGACGCCUUCGGAGAUUACAGAAUGAGCUUCGAGUGUUGGACCAAACCUAUAAGUCAUUAAAGGCAUCAGAAGAACAGUACUCACAGAAAGAAGACAAAUAUGAGGAGGAGAUCAAGGUCCUCACUGACAAACUGAAGGAGGCCGAGACCCGUGCCGAGUUCGCUGAGAGGUCAGUCGCCAAGCUUGAGAAGACCAUUGAUGACCUUGAAGAGAAACUCUCACAUGCUAAAGAAGAAACCCUCGAUAUGAACCAGAUGUUGGAACAGACUCUAUUGGAGCUGAAUAACAUGUGAAUCCUGCUCAUGUAAUCAUGACGAUGUCUGCAUUUUGUCUUUUUUUUUUUUUUUUUUCAUCCUGACAAUUAUCAGAUUGAGUAACAUGUGCCAUUUGUUACAAAAGCUUUAGUUUUCCUUGUAUUUUAUUUUAUUUUUAUGUAAUAUUAUGGUACAUGUUUGUUUUAUUCUGGUUGUGCACAAGUGAAACAAAGUUAGCAACAAUUGCACUUCAAUAUAUGCACAUAACGGUUCUAGUGGACACGUCGAGUCUGAAGCCAAGUUGAAUUGAAAUUGAAAGGUUUUGCUUUUAUCGUGUACGUGGGAUUAAAUUGUCCUAUGUAUACUGGUGCUACUGUGAAGGCGGAUGUCUAGCAGUGUGUAGCUUAUAGUGGUUUAUGAUUAAAUAUAUACACUUUUUUUUUCUAAUUUGGAUAUCAGUCUUUGUGCCAAUAUUUAGCCCUAAAGGGACUUCUUUACACUCCAACUUUUAUUUAUUUUUGUUUUCCCUCCCGUUUUGAUACGAGAUGUCAGGCAACGUGUUUUUUUUUUUUUGCUGAGUUCGCUUACGCCGAAAACCAUGUGGUUCAAAAUGUGCUCGUUUUGAAUUUGAAAAAUAUGAUGAAAUCAUAUUUGGUUGUGCCUCGUUCAUUUUAGUCAUUUUAAAUGUAGGUGUAUUAAAUGUAUGUCAUACAGAAAUGUACAAAGCUAAAAUAAAUAUAAAUAAAACCACUCCGUUUGACAUU